AUGGCCGCCGCCGCCGCUGCGCAUCUGCAUCACAACUCGCAGGCCUCGCCCAUCAGCAAUCUGCACCAGAACAUGGGCAGUCUGAUGAACAGCGGCAGCAGCGCCAGCGAUGUGUUCUUCAGCCUGAUGAUACAGAAUACAACGAAGCGCCAGAAUGAGGAGCACAUCAAACGUCCAAUGAACGCGUUUAUGGUCUGGUCGCGUUUACAGCGGCGCAAGAUAGCACAGGAUAAUCCCAAAAUGCACAAUUCCGAAAUAUCCAAGCGGCUGGGUGCCGAGUGGAAGCUGCUAACAGAGGAGGAGAAGCGUCCUUUCAUUGACGAGGCCAAGCGUUUGCGCGCCAUGCACAUGAAGGAGCAUCCGGAUUACAAAUAUCGACCGCGACGCAAGCCAAAGGCACUACGCCGUGAUGGCUACCCAUAUCCCAUGCCAUAUCCUUCGGUGCCCGUGGAGGCGUUACGAGCAGGCAUCUCGCCGGGUUACUUUGCGCCGGGACAUACAGCGGCUGCCUAUCACUUGGGCAGCCAUCUCAGCCAGUCCACAGCCAGUCCAGCCACAACACAGGCCACGCUCUCUGGGCAAAUGGACAAGUUUGCCGCCUUGGAGCGCAGCUCGUAUCUAAGCAACGCUGCUGCUGCCGCCGCGGGCAGCCAGGCCAGCGCCUACAGCGCCUAUCUGGAUCCCAGUGUGCUCACCAAGGCCUACUUUGACUCCAAAAUGUAUCAGGAUCCAUUGACGGGCAGCGGACAAUUGUGCCAACACCUGAGCAACUACCAGACUUUUGGGGUCAGCAGUCUGGGGGGACGGCAGCAGCAGUCACCACAGCAGCAGCCUCUCGCCACAAUUGGCUGUGACUACGACACCCCCGCCGCUGCCGCCGCCGCCGUUGGCUAA